UGCAUUUAGCAUCUAAAAUUGGUAUUCGAUGGGCUGCAGGGAAUGUGGGACAGCAGGAGCGGAGACGAGACGGCAGGAAUGCUGCGGCCGCCCGGCAUGCGCACACUACGGAACGCACGUCCAGUGUGUCUGAGACGUUCCUACCUGUCUGACGUGAAGUUUGCAAAAAAAAAUAUAAAUAAAAAUAAAUAUAGGAAUAGAAGUGCAGUUGGAACGAGCCCAAAAGCACCGACGAAGACGACGAAACUUCGGAUCUGUAGUUUCUGUUGGAUUUAUUGCAGACAUGAAUGAUGAUGCAGUGAUUGCCACCAACGACGAUGCAAGCGAAUGCAAACGGAACGCAGUCCAGCUGGGCUACUGGAAGGACAACUACAUUUCACACUUGAUAAAGCACGGCAAGAGGAGGGCUCCGGAGAUCAACAGAGGUUACUAUGCCAGGGUGAAAGGAGUCGAGAAGGUGAUCCACAAGUUCCUGCAGAGGGUCGGUGACAAGGCACAGAUAAUCAAUCUGGGCUCUGGCUACGAUACGCUGUAUUGGAGACUGAUGGAUGAGAACAUAAGCAUUGCGAAUUUCAUCGAGAUCGACUUCCCAUCAGUGACAGCGAGGAAAUGCUACCUGAUCAAGCGCAACAAGCAUCUGCUGGAGAAGGUGUACACACAGGAUGGGGAGGUGAAAUUGAGCGCAACUGAUAUGCAUGCAGGGUCUUAUCACUGUCUCGGAGUGGAUCUGAGGAACACGGCUGAGCUGGAGGAGAAGCUCCAGCAGGCGGAGUGCGAUUACAAUGCGCCCACUCUGUUCAUAGCUGAAUGCGUGCUGGUGUACAUCGAGAACAAUUGCGUGGAUAGGUUGAUGAAGUUCAUAGCUGGUAAAUUCCCGAACGCGCUGUUUGUUAAUUACGAGAUGUGCAAUAUGAACGACACUUUCGGGGAUGUGAUGAUGGAGAAUCUGAGGGCGAGGGGUUGCAACUUGGCUGGGAUCGCGAGCUGCAAGAAUCUGGAGACGCAGCAGCAGAACAGAUUCGGGAACAACAACUGGAGCGGAUCGAAGGCCUGGGAUAUGGUGAACGUGUACUACAGUUUCCCUGCCGGAGAGCGCGAGAAGAUCGAGCGCAUCGAGUUCCUCGACGAGCAGGAGCUGCUGAUACAGCUGUUCCAGCACUAUUGCAUCUGCAUUGGAUGGAUGGGCGACACCUUCGACGGGCUUUUCAUCGAGGACGCCUAGAUCUGUGCCCUCAUCAUCAACAACAACAAUAACAUCAAAUUCAGCAGCAGCAGCAGCGAUCGUGCAUGUUAACCGUAAGAAGCCCCACCAUACCAUACCCUGAACCCCCACCGAAUUUCGUUUACUGUGUAAGUAUGCGUGUGACAAAAAUAUAUGUAAUAAUGAUUAUUAAUAUUAAAUAUUUGUAAAAUUACCUUUCGUUAUCCGCUUUUUACGAUGAAUCGUAUUUUUUGAAUUGGAUCGUUUAUAUAUAUAUAUAUGUAUAUUAUAUGAUGAGACAUGUAAAUGAAAUAAAGUAUAUAAUUAAUGAAUUACUCUUACCCUACUUCGAUUGAUGGAUCUGUGAUAUUUUUAUUCUUAUAUAAGUUUGUCUUCGUUGUGCUUAGCUAAUAAUAACAAAUAAUUUAGCAACGCUUUGUUUAUAGUUUCCUCUGUGUUAUAUAAAUGAAUAAAUAUAUU